AUGGGGCAUUUCCUUACGGCCAAGUGGUUCGGCAUCACGGUCAAAGAGUUCGGCUUCGGCUUUCCGCCGCGGCUGGUAGGCAUCCGCUUCUCGCCGGGUGGCACCAUAUACUCCAUCAACUGGAUUCCGCUUGGCGGCUUCGUGCGCAUGGUCGGCGAACAUGGCGAGGGCAUCGAGGAAGGAAGAUACGUCCGCCAGAAGCCGGAGAAAAGUGUCAUUCUUGUGCGCGGUCGCCACAACCAUCCCGACUUCUACGGCCUCUUUGCCGUGCCCCGCGACGCCUCACAAGAAGACAUUCGCAGGUCAUAUGUCGAGCUUGUCGAACUCAUUAAUCUGAGGGAACCGGAUCGGCGGGACAGGAUGCUCCACACCUUGCAGAUUGCGUACAGCGAGCUGUCCAAUCCCGAAAGACGCGCCGCCUACGACGAGCUAAUCAAGGAUGUCGAAAUGGGGCCGGCAGACCCUCCCGACCACUAUGGUCUGCUGGAUGUGCCUUUGAAAGCCUCCCAGGAGGAGAUUGACGAGGGCUACGAAGAGCUUAAAGAGCUCAUAAAUAAUAAAAACCCUGAUAAUCGGGCAGUGCUCUGCGCCGGAUCGGUAGUGAACCUGAUAUUCCCCGUCAUAGUCUUCGCGGUACUGUUCGCGCUGCCGCAUGAUGUGCCAAGCGGCAAGGUCGUGAUAACGGCGGUCGCGCCCGGAUCGCCUGCCGAACUCGCCGGGGUAACUUCGGGCGACACGGUCAUCGCAGUCAAUGGAAACGAACUCGACACUCACGGCGACCUCGUUCAAGAGGUAAUGUCCAGCCUUGGCUCGCCCACGGAACUGACACUUCAGCGCGGCGUAUUCAUAACAGGCAAUCCGGCCCCGCAGCCCACAUCGGGCGGCCACGAGACUGUUACGCUCGUGCCGCGCGUCAAACCGCCUAAGUUGGAGGUCGUAGAGCGAGUGACAGACCCGGCGCGCGAAGUGUCCCUUACAGACGCGAGGCGCUACCAGCCGGACCUGCAAGUUGGCGACACAUUGACGCAGGGCGCGAUGGGCGUAAUGCUAGGCACAUUUGAAACGCGAAUGGUACAGCGCGACUACUCGGUCUUCCGCGCUAUUCCGAUGUCCUUCCAGCAAAUGUGGGAUGUGCUCACUCUUACCCGAACCAGCUUAGUUCGCUGGGCCUCCGGCGGGCCCGACCCUGGGCUUUCAGGACCCGUGGGAAUAGCGCGCGUUACCGGACAAGUCGCGCAGGUUGGUCUGUCUCCCCUGCUGCAAUUGACCGCAAUAAUCAGCAUCAGCCUGGGCAUCGUUAAUCUGCUGCCUAUCCCUGCGCUUGAUGGCGGCAGGCUCAUGUUCGUCAUCAUCGAGUUUCUGCGCGGCGGCAAGCCCAUCUCGCCAAGACGCGAAGGCAUGGCGCACCUGGUCGGAUUCCUGGUGCUGAUUGGUCUGAUAGUGGUCGUAAGCUACUUCGAUAUAAUACGGCUGAUAAACGGCGACAGCGUCAUUCCGUAA